UUGUCAGAUGUGCUUUUAAUAUGGACAUUUUUGAGACGAUUUUUGUAUCCAUAAUCACAUUCAUCUGUGGUAUAGUAUGUACGUUGCUUUUGGAAUUCUACGUUUUCAAGAAAUAUUUGGAAGCAGCUCCUGAAGCGAGUCCACCCAGAAAACCGUUACCUCAUGGAAAAGCAAUAUUUCCUAAGGAACUCCUAAAUGAUUUGGAGCAGGAAAAGUCGAGUAUCACUGGUACGCCACGGCGGGAUCUGUCCCAGGGUAAUGAGAAUCUUGCAAUUAAUCUUACUCUCCAGUUUCUUUUUAAUGAACUUAAAAACGCAGAACGCGUACGUUUAUGGAUGUAUCGAAAGCUGAAUAAUGAGUUCAGGGAACUUCUCACUCAAACCACUACCGGAAAACUUUUUGACAGCAUUCAGCUGCGGGAUCUACAUCUUGGCACACAGUUUCCUACUAUAAAGGGACUGGAAGUUGCGGAUGCAAAAAUCAACGCCGAUACUGGUUUACUCGAAACUUUAGAUCUUUCAUUAGAUUUACAUUAUUCUGGUAAUUUUCAACUUUCAAUCGAUGUGAAGAUGUUAUUAGGGAAAACAGCAUAUAUGGCUCUGCAAGUGAAGCGUGUUACUGGCAGAGCUAGAUUACAGUUUACUCGUGUUCCAUAUACUCAUUGGUCUCUUAGUUUUUAUUCAGAUCCCAUUUUGGAACUAGAAGUACAAUCCCAAUUUCAGGGACGUCAAUUACAACCACAAAUUGUUUCUCUUAUCAUAGGUCAAAUAAGACGAGCAAUUCGUCGAAAACAUACGCUUCCUCGUUAUAAAAUGAGAUAUAAACCAUUUUUCCGCAGACUGAAUGAUGAAGAUAUUGAUUUGACUGAUGUGGCAGGUAUACACGUUACUCCAGGACAAUUGGAAGUGCAUUUAUUAGAAGUCAGCCGAUUAAAUUUCUCAUCGUGCAAGUUUAACGUAGAAGAUUUAUCACAAGCUGAAAUUUAUUGUACUAUGAGCGUUGAUAUGACACCUUGGGUCUACCUCACACAGUACAACGAAGUACCAUAUAUGGUGCUUGAUCUAAUCGUCAGUAAGACUAGUUCUCAGCAGCUCGGUGUUGUAUUCAAGCAAGAAACUGUUCCAGAAGUAGGACUAAAUUGCGUCCUUGUCGAGACUAUCGUUGCUGGAAGCCCAGCAGCUAUUGCUGAAAUGAGGAAAGGUGACAUAUUAGUUGCCGUUGAUGGAAAGAAAGUAUCAAAUAUGAACCAAGUUGCCAAACUUGUCAAAAGUGCAGCUCAAAGAAGGUUUAUCAUAAGAGUCGAAAGGAAGUAUGUCAGGUUUGAUUUUGAUAGGCACAGUUCACUGAAAUCUGACACCGAAAGAGUUUCGUUUGAUAAGAGUGUAGAUAAGAAAAGCGCAAAGGGUGAUUACACAAGUGGUAAAUCCGAUGUGCCAAAUACAGAAGACAAUUAUAAAACGAAAUUUGAAGGACUAAUUAAAUUCUCCGAUUUAAAAGAUUCCGAUUAUGAGACAACGGACAAAAGUGAACCAGUUAAUAAGUUAUUCAAAAGAAGACGAAGCAGCUCACAUCUAAACUCAGACGAUGGUACUCAGACCCCAGAAUCUCCAUUUAGAAGAAUCUCGACAUGUUCCAAUCAAUCGACAACCUCUAGUAAUGCACCAACGUCCAGUGCAGAUGAUAAUUUUGUACCAAAUAUGACAGAUUUAUAUUAUACUACAAAGGAUAAAGCUCUUGCCUCUUCAAUCACGUUUGAAGAAUCUAGAAGUUUUCAAAUAGAUUCCGAACUUCAGUAUUUAAACAUAGGAAUAUGGGUGCGAGUCAAAGGCAGCGAACAUUUACCAAAACUAUUAGGUUACAUUAAUGCUCCGAUAAAACUUAUCCUGGCUCAAUGUUCUACAUCUACAACCGGUCACUAUGUCAAAUGCUAUGCUUUAUUACCGCCUGAUACAGCUUCUCCUACUACAUCUGAUACGAAGUUACAAGGAUAUUCAGGCUUUGACCCAACACUUUGCUAUGGAGACGUUCUCUUGUCUUAUAUAUGGACCUCUAAUCAUGGUCGGUCCAAUCGAACUACCACAGACUUUGGUAAAAGAGAAGUGACAGAAACUGUAAAAACUCCGUCAACCCUAAAUGACGAAAACGUUGAUAAGAAAUUACAUGAUUUUAUUAGAACACAUUUUCACCGAGUGACACAUUGUGACUUCUGCUCAAAAAAGAUUUGGCUGAAGGAUGCCGUACAGUGUCGUGACUGUGGGAUGGUAUGUCAUAAAAAGUGCGAAAUUCGCUGCCAAGCGUCUGGGGCUUGUGGUGCCGAAAGUGUCACCUCUUUAGCUUUCGAGGCCGAUGAAGUCGACCCUAACAUAGUCGGGACGGAGAUGGGACCGGAGAUUUCUCUUACCGGUUGCGAAGAUAUUGUUCAGAGAGCUAGAGAGAAGCCUGUCGAUCACAUUCGAAUACAUCAUUUGAUCGAUCAGGGAGCGAGUAUGGUGGCCAUGAAGGCCAGCAUAGCUAACACUCUGUUGGGUCUGAAGAAGGCCGGAAGUACCAGUUGUCUAUCCCCGCCGACUUCCGGUAUCGGCUUGGCGUCUAGAAGUCUUCCCCCGAGUCCCUGUGCAUCCCGCAAGAGUUCUCUCGUGGGAGGACUGGGAAUAAGUUCGGACCUUUUGGAAGGAGCCGAGCCAAGUGUGGCUACUCCUCUGAUCGCCGGAGAAUUGGAUGAUGGACUCAUGUCAAGAGCCAAGGACACGGGAAAGUUUCUCUACAAGGACCUGGAACACCAAGAACGCAUUGAUAAAAUCAACGAGAUGAUCGGAAAACUGAAGACUGCACUCGACGUGGAGACUACCUCAAGACUGGAACUAUCUCAGAACGGAGAUACGGAUAGCGCCAAAUUAAUAGCACAAAGCGACUUAAGAGUGCAAGCACUGAGCGUAUUGUUAUUGCAUUACUGCACCGGUUUGCAGCACGCCCAGGAAGCCUUAGACCGUUUUCAAGACAAAAGAAACUCGUAAUUUGUUUAAGAGAGUAACCGACAAAGAAAUUCAAAGAUGGUUUAGAUUCAAUUUAUCUAGUCGAGUAUAAAUAUAUAUAUGUAAUAUAGGAUGAUAUAUAGUCAAUUCAAGAGCAUAGGGAAGGGAUGUUAUACAUAUUCAUAUACAUACAUUAUAGGAAGAGGUCAUUGUUUCUAUGAAGAUGGAUUUUAAAUACCUAUGCCGAUGCAAUUAUUUGCAUUUUGCAGAGAUAAUACGUGUUCAGCCAAUAUUUUGAUGCAUGGAAAAUCUACGUGUCGCUGAACCACGUUGCUAAAUUUAUCUCGAACUGGAUGUUUAUUAUAGAUUGGAGAAGGCCGCGUGAUUCGACACGGUCAUGUUGAUGUGUGCACUGAUUAUACCGAGGAGCACUUGAGACACCGGCAAUUAAAACACGGUACAUCGUAACAAAGCGUUGCUGCAGUAUCCGGGGUUUAAUAUUUACUACUGAUAUCGAUAUUUACGUUUCAAUCUAUUCGUGUUAAACUUUUAGCCGAUGUUGCCACUUGUGGACAUUUAAGACGCAAGUACUCGUACUUUACAAUCACUUAUUUUUCUGCCUGGAUAAUAUUCGACGCAUUCGUCGUGCAGCCGUCACUGUAUUCCAGAGAACACCAAAUGCUAAGACUUACUCGAUCAUAUGUAUAUUCGUAGAAAAUUCAACCCAAUUACGUAUUUUACCGCAACCGUGUAUCGUAUAUAAUGCAUAGUUUAAUAAUGGUAAUUGUACUCAAUUCCUAGGUCGUAAGGUGCUCGAUAUUUUUGGGACUCUUGUUUCCGUAGCUUUAUUAUAUAAAUAUGAUGCGCAUGCUCAUUAAACGCAUACUUAAAAACUGCAAAAACUCAAUUAUCAACGAACAACUUUGGAUUAAAUACUCAAUUAUUAAUGUUACUUAAAAGCUAAGUGUCAGAUAAUAAACAGCCUAUAUAUAGUCCAUCCAUAGACAAGCAUCGAGCUCGUUGAGAUGUCAAUGUAAAAAAUGAGUGUACCGUGAUUUAUUGUUACAAAAUAAAAUUAAUUCUCGUGCGCCAAA